AUGACUUUGGGCGACUGCAAGGUUAAUACAUUGGGUUGUAAUGGAGGCAUGAACAAGGACAAGCCCUUUAAGAUCUUUGUGGGUUAUGAUCAACGUGAAGACAUUGCAUAUGAGGUUUGUCGACACUCAAUAUUGAAGAGAUCUUCAAUCCCAGUUGAGAUCAUACCACUUAAACAAUCUGAUCUGAGAAAGGAAGGCCUAUAUUGGCGUGAAAGAGGCCAACUGGAGAGCACAGAGUUUUCUUUUACUCGGUUCUUGACUCCAUAUUUGGCCAACUAUGAAGGUUGGGCAGUGUUUGUGGAUUGUGAUUUUCUUUACCUAGCUGACAUUAAGGAGCUAAGAGAUUUGGUUGAUGAGAAAUAUGCCAUGAUGUGUGUUCAACAUGAUUACAUCCCAAAGGAGACAACAAAAAUGGAUGGAGCAUUGCAAACUGUGUACCCUAGGAAGAAUUGGUCUUCCAUGGUGUUGUACAAUUGUGAACAUCCCAAAAACCGGGUCUUGACGCCGGAGGUUGUGAACACACAAACCGGAGCUUUUCUUCAUAGGUUUCAGUGGCUUGAGGAUGAAGAAAUUGGGUCCAUCCCAUUUGUUUGGAAUUUUCUUGAGGGACAUAACCAAGUUGUUGAAGGUAAUCCCCGGACUUUCCCUAAGGCAAUACACUAUACUCGGGGAGGACCGUGGUUUGAGGCUUGGAAGAAUUGCGAGUUUGCAGACCUGUGGUUGAAUGAAAUGGAGACGUACCUGCAGGAAUGUAUAGUGGUUAUUAAUAGUAGCUAG